GAAAACCAAAGGAGUAUCACAUGCAUAUCCUCUGGUUUCACCCAAAACCAAUGGUCGAGAUCGAACCUCAAAACCACAAUCCAACGGCUCUAACGACAACCGCGUUCACGAAGCCAACCCAUGAAUCCUUCAUAUCCCUUUUAACAAACAAACAUAAAUCCUCUCCUUAGACCCUAACCGUGUCUCUCUCUUUCUCUUCCCAAACAAACCAAAAAAAACUCAGAUUCAUAUUUCUCUCUUUCUGAAAACUCAGAUUCAUUUCAUUUUCCUCUUAAUUCCAUAUUUAUCAUUUCCUUUCCGUUUAUAGAGAGGAAAGAUAUAACCAUAUUUCUGGUUUAUAUAAUAUAAUAUAUAAUAAUUGUAGAAUAUAUACAUAAUUAUUUUUUUCUUUUUUAAGAUAACAAGAUAAGAUGCAAUCCAACGGUUCUGAUUCGCAGCAGCAGAACCAGCCACAGCAGGAGCAGAACCAACGGCAGCAACAACCGCCGCCACCACCACCGCCACCUCAGCAGCAGCAGCAGCAGUGGAUGACGAUGCAGUAUCCAGCGGCUGCGAUGGUAAUGCAGCACCAGAUGAUACCACCCCAGCAUUAUGCGCCGCCACCGCCCCAGCACUACAUGGCUGCCUACCACCAGUACCAUCACCACCACCCGCACCUACAACACACCCCUCAACAACAUCAUCAUCAAAACCAAGGAUCUAGCGAGAAUAAAACGGUUUGGAUCGGUGAUUUACAUCAUUGGAUGGAUGAAAAUUACCUCCACACCUGUUUUGCUUCCACCGGCGAGAUCGCUUCACUUAAGGUUAUUCGCAAUAAGCAGACUGGUUUAUCCGAGGGCUACGGAUUUGUGGAAUUUUUUACACACGCAACAGCUGAGAAAGUUUUACAGAACUAUAGUGGAAUUUUGAUGCCUAAUACUGAACAGCCCUUCCGUCUCAACUGGGCAACAUUUAGCACUGGUGACAAGCGAUCUGAUAAUGCACCUGAUCUUUCUAUAUUUGUAGGAGAUUUAGCUGCAGAUGUUACUGACAGUAUAUUGCAUGAAACUUUCGCUAGUAGAUAUCCAUCUGUUAAAGCUGCAAAAGUUGUAUUUGAUGCCAAUACUGGCCGUUCAAAAGGUUAUGGUUUUGUGAGGUUUGCAGAUGAUAGUGAAAGAACACAGGCUAUGACAGAAAUGAAUGGUGUAUAUUGUUCAAGCAGGCCGAUGCGAAUUGGUGCUGCAACUCCCAGGAAGUCUUCUGGAUAUCAACAACAAGGUGGAUAUGCAUCAAAUGGUGCAACUGGCCAAGGGUUCCAAUCUGAUGGCGAUUCCACUAACACAACAAUAUUUGUUGGAGGACUUGACCCUAAUGUCACUGAUGAAGAUCUCAAGCAACCUUUUUCUCAAUAUGGUGAGAUAGUCUCCGUUAAAAUUCCACUUGGUAAAGGAUGUGGGUUUGUACAAUUUGCCAACAGGAGUAAUGCUGAAGAGGCAUUGCAGAAAUUGAAUGGCACAGUAAUUGGCAAGCAAACAGUGCGUCUUUCUUGGGGUCGGAAUCCAGCAAAUAAGCAGUUUCGAGCAGAUUUUGGCAACCAAUGGAGCGGAGCAUACUAUGGAGGGCAGGUUUAUGAUGGGUAUGGAUAUGCUCUGCCACCACCCCAUGAUCCAAGCAUGUAUGCUGCUGCAGCUGCAGCAUAUGGGGCUUACCCCGUGUAUGGUAGCCACCAACAGCAAGUAAGCUGAAAGAAUUGCAACAGCAAAACACGUAGUAGCUCUAGCAAAUCUGAAUUUGUCACGCUAGAAGAGGCAAACCUAUCUCACUUUUUCCUAGUUCUAUUGGUUCUGUAGAAUUCUUAUAAAUCCCUCCAAUUUGUGGAGUGGAACCGAAUUUUGAUGACCUGAGGUAGUUUUCUAGGGAUUUAAUUAAUCAUUCGUUUAGAAUUACAGUAGCUGAGAUAGAACUUAUUUAUUGGAAUGCAUGAAUUUGUGAAUGUGUGGCAGUGCUUCAUGAAUAAAACAUGUGCUCUACUAUAUGUUGCA